AUGAUCAUUGGAAUCGGAAUUGAUAUACUGUCUUUGACGAGAUUUCGAAAUUUACUAUCGCGUAGAGAUCCUCUCAGGUUGGCCAAGAAGAUAUGUACAGAAAGGGAAUAUGAAUCAUUCAAGGCUUUAUCAAUAACUCGUUCGAACGAUAUAUCAGAAAUAGAGGGGGGGAAAAAUGAGUCGCAAUUGGUAGAUCAACAAAUUAGGUUUUUAUCGUGUCGAUGGACACUCAAAGAGGCUGCUUACAAAUCACUUUCAAUGCAAAUUCAUCCUCUACGUUGGCAAGAUUUGGAUAUUUCACAUUCGAUCUCUGGAGCACCUAUAUUAUUCCCUACGAAUCAAUCACACAGAGUCAAAUUCACUUUGUUGGGUAGUUUAAGUCAUGAUGCUGAUGUUGUAGUUGGAGUCGUGAUUGCUCAGUUGAACAACAGUAAAUCGGACAGUAAUGAUAAGUGA